AUGGAGGAUUGCUUGCUAUCACAGGAGGGUGUGCAAUUCGUGCUGUCUCACCGCAGGCAAGUGUUGGGCAGCGGGGCGACGGCGGUGGUCACUCUGCUGCGCUGGCAGGGACACAAGGCCGUGGUCAAGAAAAUGAAGGCAGAGACAGCCGAAAUUUUCGAGAACGAAUUAUCGUUUCUUAAGCAAUUGUGUGGAGCGGGUGGCGCUCCAGAGUUGAUAGGUGUGUCCCAUGAACCCCCAUUAAUGGUGCUGUCCUACCGGGGCUGCCUCACCCUGCUGGACGCCCUGCAAGGCCUCGGUCUGUCCGACAGCCUUAUCCUUUGGAUUGGCCUUGAAGUGGUUCGCUGUCUCCACCAAGUGCACGCCCUCGGGAUCGUGCACAACGAUAUCAAAAACAACAACGUGACGCUGUUCAUCCCACAAGACGAGACGCAGCCUCCACAAGUCUCUAUAAUAGACUACGGCCUCGCGUGUCACACGGGCUUCAGUCUUGGGUUCAGGCUGGCCCACAAGGCAGACCGCUACUUCUGGAUAGCCCCAGAAGUGUUGGCUGGCGGUAUCAGCACUCCGUACAGCGAUAUUUUUUCCCUUGGAGUAUUGCUGCAGAGGAUGCUGCUCUUCAUGAGGAGAGACAGAUACAGGAGCUUCCUGGCCAGGGUGGCUCAGCGCGCGCAACACCAGGACGCAAUCUGCAGACCCACCCUGGAGGAGGUGGAGCAACAACUCGCUGCAGGACUACUAACCCUCACCUCCACCCCUCCUCUGGCCAGUCCGCAACGCCCCAACCCGCCAAUCCUGCCCAAGUAUUGUUAUAGUUGUAUCCACAGCUCACCUCCCACCACCAGUCGAUUAGCCCAUUGUCAGCGCUUCGGCCGCACCCUCAAGGCUGUUUUUCAUUCGCUCGUAGCCAAAAUCUCACGCUGUUAA